CCUCAUUUUGGCGUCCGGGAUGGCGUCCGAUUCUGGAAGUUUCGGCCAUUCCGGGGAUCAACAGGAAAGCUACGCCGGGUAUGGAAAUCAAGGAAAUCAAAGCUACGGACAAACUCCGCAGGGCUACCCUGGCUACGAGCAGAGCAGGGAGAACUCUUCUUACGGGCAGAGUUACGGAAAUUUCCAAGGGAACUACGGGCAGCCCCAGACAGGUUACGGGCAGAGUGGCCAACAAGGAUAUAGUGGCUAUGAAAACCAGAACCAGAGCUCUUAUAACCAGGAGUCUUACGGAAAUCAGGGGCAGCAGAAAGAUUCAUCAGGCGGAGAUUCUAGCAGCACAGUUCCUGCCACAUGCGUUUCAACUGAGGCUGUGAAUGCCUCUGGGAACAAUGAAAUGGUGAGGUCUUCCUACGACCAGAAGCCCAGCUAUGGACAGCAGGGAGAGUCCUACAAUCAGCCCUCGAGCUACAGCCAGCAGGCCAGUUCCUACGACCAACAGUCAAACUACAGUCAGCCACAAAGGCCGUUUGACCAGCAGUCAGGCUAUGGCCAGCAGGGACUGCAGCAAGCUUCGUUCGACCAGCAGUCAGGCUACGGCCAAAACCGAGGCUCGUACGACCAGCAGCAACAGCCGGGUUCCUACAACCAGAAGUCCAGCUUUGGCCAGCAGCAGGGGUCCUACGGCCAGAGCCAGCCGUCCUACCAGUCCCAGCAGAAGGAAAGCUACGGCCACAACGUGCAAGAUGAUCGCCGUGAAAAGAGUAGGUAUGGAGAAGACAGCAGAGGCUAUAGUGGGCCGCGAGGAGGCGGAAGCAGGUUCGAUUCGGACAGCAGGGGUCCCAUGUCCGGCUUAAGUGGUGGUGACCGAGGUGGCUUCAAAAAUUUUGGUGGUCAGAGGGAUUACGGGCAGAAGCCAGAUGCAGAUUCGGAGUCUGACAACUCUGAUAACAACACCAUCUUUGUACAAGGUCUCGGAGACGAUGUUUCACCUGAUCAAGUAGCUGACUAUUUCAAACAAAUAGGUGUUAUUAAGACGAACAAAAAGACGGGCAAACUUAUGAUCAACCUCUACACCGACAAGGACACGGGCAAGCCGAAGGGCGAAGCCACCGUCUCGUUCGACGACCCGCCGUCUGCCAAGGCCGCCAUCGAUUGGUUUGACGGAAAGGAAUUCAACGGCAGCGUUAUCAGGGUUUCCUUUGCAACCAGGCGGCCCGAAUUUCUGCGAGGAGGCAGCGGAAGCGGCGGCGGCAGUCGCCGAGGUUCGCGAGGAGGGGGCUUCGGAAGAGGAGGGGGCUUCCCGGGCCGAGGCGGAGAACCCAAAAGCGGCGAUUGGGUUUGCCCGAACUCGAGCUGCGGCAACAUGAAUUUCGCUCGCCGCAAUUCCUGCAACCAAUGCAACGAACCCCGGCCGGACGACGGGCGCCCCUCGGGAGGUGACUUCCGUGGCAGAGGCGGCUUCGGAGGCGACCGGGGGUUCCGGGGCCGGGGCGGCCGGGGCGGCGGCUUCGGUGGCAAGAUGGGAGGAAGAAACGACUUCAGAAGUGAUCAACGGAACAGGCCCUACUAAAAACAGCUGUGAAUUUCUCUCUCUUCCCCCCCUAUCUUUGUAUUGGCUUUUCACAGCGACAUUUGCUGAGUUUCGCCUGCUGCUUCGGACACCUCACCCACCCCCAUGGCCUCUUUUGGAUAGCGGAAUUAAACCUAAAACUGGAUUUUUGAUUUGGGGGGAGGGACUGGGCCAGGUUCUGUUUUUUUUCCUUCCCCCCCCCUUUUUUUUUAUAGCAAGUCCAUCGAAAUUUCAUCCUGCUAUUUCCAACAUCUCCCAGUUCUCUCCCCCCAACGACAUAAACUCUUCCACAGGCGCUUUAAAAAAAAAGAAGGAAUGAAAUUGUAAAAUAUUUGCCAAAAAUCUGACAUGUUUUAUAAUACAAACAAUAAAAGCUGAUUGUUUAUUUGUGA